AUGGCUAGCAACCCCCUCCGAAAUAUUAUUGUCGUUGGAGGCUCGUUCGUUGGACGGGCGACCGCUCAAGAACUUGCAGCAAUCAUCCCCAAGACUCACAGAGUUCUCCUCACUGAACCGCACAGCCAUUUCCACCAUCUCUUCACAUUCCCUCGAUUUGCAAUUGUCCCAGGGAACGAACACAAGGCUUUCGUUCCUUACAGCAAUAUAUUCGCUGGUGUGCCUAAUUCAGCAUCGCACGGUGUGAUUCAGGCUCGUGUUACCUCAGUUCAGCCCCAUCACAUUGAGCUUGACCAGGAGUGGAAUGAUUCCAAGGAAGUUUCAUAUGACUUUGUUGUGUUCGCCACGGGAACGACGCUUUCCAAGCCCGCAGGAAUGGAAAAGGACGACAAGUUGUCCUCAGUGGAGUAUCUCCAAGGCCAUCAAGCGGAUGUCAAGAGAGCUCGGUCUAUCAUUAUCGUUGGCGGCGGAGCUGUCGGUGUCCAGAUGGCGACAGAUCUGAAGGAAUAUUAUCCCGAUAAGGAAGUCACUGUUGUCCAGUCCCGCCCCCGAGUGAUGCCGACUUUUCAUCCUAAAUUGCAUGAGAUUAUCACGAAGCGGUUUGAUGAGCUGGGUAUCAAACUUAUUACUGACGCAAGGGUCAAGGUCCCCGAGGGAGGCUUCCCCAACAAUGGCACCGAGUUUGAUGUACAGCUCACAAAUGGAACUACUGAAUCCACGGAGUUUGUGAUUUUGGCGACCGGACAAACGCCCAACAAUAAACUAGUUGCCAACCUGAAGUCUUCUUCACCAGAUGCUCCGACUAUACUAAAUCCAGAAAAUGGAUACAUCCGCAUUCGACCGACAAUGCAGCUUCUAGAUGAAAAGUUUUCCAACCUGUUCGCUGUGGGCGAUAUCGCUGACACUGGGGCCCAGAAGGCCGCACGACCAGGUGUAGCCCAGGCAUCAGUUGUGGCCAAAAAUAUCAGGGCACUGAUCGACGGAAAGGAGCCAACUGAGACCUUUGUCAAAGGUCCCGGUGCCAUUCAUCUGACUUUGGGCAUGAAACGCAACGUUAUUUUCCGCAACCCUAAUGUCGACGAAGGUCAGACAGAGCCCUGGAUUAAUGACAAGGAAGAUGGCCAAGAGGACAUGAAUGUUGAGGGUAUGUGGAACAGAAUGGGUUUGACUAUUGCUACUCCAAAAGAGUACCACCUCUAA